CCGCAUCCUCCGACCCACCAACGACCUCCACAGAUCCCGAUCCCCACCGUUCCCUUUACGUGGAAGCGACCACCCCUCCCCCAUUCCCUGUACCGGAUAGCGCCCUUUCGGGCAAUGGAGGAGGUUGGUGAGCGCGAGGUGUCGUAGAUUCGAGGGUUUUGGGAGGUGGGAGGUAGGGUAUUUAUUCGCGGGCACUCUCUCUCUCUCUCCGCGCUCCGACAUGUCGGAUUCGGUCGCCAUGGCCGCGGCGAUCGAGGCCCGGUUCAACGAUCUCGAGCUCAUCGGCCGCGGAUCCUUCGGCGAUGUCUACAAAGGGUUUGACAAGGAGUUGAACAAGGAGGUUGCUAUCAAAGUUAUUGAUCUGGAAGAAGCCGAGGAUGAUAUUGAAGACAUUCAAAAGGAAAUAUCAGUUUUACAACAGUGCCGAUCUCCAUACAUAACUGACUAUUAUGGUUCCUAUCUGCAUCAGACAAAACUGUGGAUAGUUAUGGAGUACAUGGCUGGGGGCUCUGUUGCUGAUCUACUCCAGGCUGGUCCACCACUGGAUGAAAUGUCUAUCGCAUGCAUUCUACGAGACUUACUUCAUGCGAUUGAUUAUCUUCACUCUGAAGGAAAGAUUCACCGUGACAUAAAAGCGGCAAACAUCUUGCUGACGGAGAAUGGAGAUGUAAAGGUUGCGGACUUUGGUGUUUCUGCACAACUCACAAAAACAAUGUCUAGGAGAAAGACUUUCGUAGGAACCCCAUUCUGGAUGGCACCUGAGGUUAUUCAGAACACAGAAGGAUACAAUGAAAAGGCAGACAUAUGGUCUUUAGGUAUAACAGCUAUAGAAAUGGCAAAAGGUGAGCCACCUUUGGCAGAUAUCCAUCCUAUGAGGGUUCUUUUUAUGAUCCCACGAGAAAAUCCUCCUCAGCUUGACGAGCAUUUUUCGCGACCUAUGAAAGAAUUUGUAUCAUUAUGUUUAAGGAAGAUUCCUGCUGAGCGACCUAGUGCGAAGGAACUCCUUAAACAUAGGUUUAUCAAGAAUGCUCGGAAAAGUCCUAGGCUUUUGGAGAGAAUAAGAGAGCGUCCAAAGUUCACCGUAAAGGAAGGCAUGGAAACCCAGAGAAAUGGUCUAAAAGUUCAUGAGGAUUUAACUAGUACUGUCAAGGUGGUCAGGGAUGCAAAAGAUGAUGGUGUCUCUUCCAGUCAAGGGAAGGCCCUCAAGAACCCUAGCUGGGAAGCUAAUGCUGAUGGAUCAGCGGGUACAGGGACUGUUCGAAGUGCUGUGAGGCCACCUCAGAUCACUAAUAUCAGAGAAAGAAAGUCAGAUGUGCCGUAUAGUCCUAAUACACCAAAAAGGGCAGCUGAGAGAGAAAGCCAAUGGACAUCACGAAAUGUAUCUGAUGAAUCUAUCUUUACCAAUUUGUCUCAAAGAGAGGCACAUAUUGAACAAGAUGACAAGAGAUUAGGAAGUUCUUUUGAAGAUAAUAAUCUAUCAGUAAGCGGAUCAGGAACAGUCGUGGUGCGCAGUCCAAGAGAAUCGCAGAUUUAUGCGGCUUCGAAUAAUCAAAGUACUAAGCCUUCUAGUAGGUUCUCCUCAUCUGAAGAUCUGUCAACCAGCGGCACGGUUGUUCUUCGUUCACACCAUGAUGAAUCUGAAACUCCUCGAGCUUCCAGAUCGAGGCUUGGCAUCCAAGAAAAAACUUCGAGUGCCCCACGUGAAGAUAGUGCUACUAAUCUUGCAGAGGCAAAGGCUGCACUAGAAAAAGGCGGAUUAAGGAAAGGAAACGCUCGUGAACGGCUAGUUCCCAGCAGGCAGAGCAAGGAAGCACAAGAACCUGAAACGGCUGAGGGAAUAAGUAGUUUUGAAUCUUCUAGAGAUCCUAGUGAUAAUAUUGAUGCACAAAAGCAGCGUAGCAAAUCACGUCAAUUAACUGAUGGACAUUCUGUUCCACGGGCUUCAUCCGCUGCAGCUUCUCCAGCAUUAUCACUGCUGAUAAUUCCUUCUUUAAAAGAGGCAUGUGGUGAUAAGUCCGAAGGACCUGGUACUCGAGCUGUGAUCGAGUCACUGAUGGAACUGGAGCACCAAUUACCUGGCUCUUGCGAAGCGUUUAUCACCAAGUUGCUUCAAAGACUCGGAAGCUCAAAGGAAUCAUCUUUGAAUGGACUCUAUGAGGUGGCAACCAGCAUCUUCGCAAGGAAAACUGAGACGACUCCUCAAGAAACAUCAAACAGCAACAAGAAGAUGGCAAAUGCGCAUGCAGUCGAUCCUCUGAGUUUAAGUCCUUUAGCAAGGUUCCUUCUCUCAAGAUGGCAGAACCAGGUCUCUCAGGAUCUCAACUCCGUGUGAUCGCCCCAUUAGAGUUGAUACAAAAGUGUUGUUUUCUGUUGGUUUUUAAUGUAUAAUUAAUUUUGAGUGUACAUAUCAGUUAAUUUUGUUUUUCCCCUUCUUAUAUUUUGCAGCAGUUUUUUGAUGCAUUCUCGGUUAUGUAACUUGUGUUAAUUUUUGUGAAAUUUUAUGCUACUAUGUCAAUUUUUAUUUGUAUUUUUAGAUCA